GUCCGCGGGGCGGGGCCGCGCGGGGAGGAGGGUCGGGGACGAAAGCGCGGAGCACGGACCCCGCCCCUUCGCGGCCCCGCGGGUGACGUCGCGGGGGGCGCCGGCCUCCGCCGGGCCCGGAGUGGCUCUCUCCGGAGGCUCAGCCCCCUCUGCUCCCCAUGGGCAACUGCCAGGCAGGGCACAACCUGCACCUGUGUCUGGCCCACCACCCACCUCUGGUCUGUGCCACCUUGAUCCUGCUGCUCCUUGGCCUCUCUGGCCUGGGCCUUGGCAGCUUCCUCCUCACCCACAGGACUGGCCUGCGCAGCCCUGACAUCCCUCAGGACUGGGUCUCUUUUUUGAGAUCUUUUGGCCAGCUGACCCUGUGUCCCAGGAAUGGGACAGUCACAGGGAAGUGGCGAGGGUCUCACGUCGUGGGCUUACUGACCACCUUGAACUUCGGAGACGGUCCAGACAGGAACAAGACCCGGAUAUUCCAGGCCACGAUCCUGGGUAGUCAGAUGGGAUUGAAAGGAUCUUCUGCAGGACAGCUGGUCCUUAUCACAGCCAGGGUGACCACAGAAAGGACUGCAGGAACCUGCCUGUAUUUUAGUGCUGUUCCAGGAAUCCUACCCUCCAGUCAGCCACCCAUAUCCUGCUCAGAGGAGGGGGCUGGAAAUGCCACCCUGAGCCCUAGAAUGGGUGAGGAGUGCGUUAGUGUCUGGAGCCACGAAGGCCUUGUGCUGACCAAGCUGCUGACCUCGGAGGAGCUGGCUCUGUGUGGCUCCAGGCUGCUAGUCUUGGGCUCCUUCCUGCUUCUCUUCUGUGGCCUUCUCUGCUGUGUCACUGCUAUGUGCUUCCACCCGCGCCGGGAGUCCCACUGGUCUAGAACCCGGCUCUGAGGGCACUGGCCUAGUUCCCGACUUGUUUCUCAGCUCUUGAACUGGUCUCAGCUUCAGCUGGCUGCGGUGCCCUAGGAAGUUACUAUGGGAAAAGUGGAAAUAGUUCAGGCUCAGGAAACUGAUCGGGCCAGAGGAACUGGAAGCUCAAGAUCAACUCUGCUUAUUUUGCUGAUGGCUGGACCUAAAUGCCCCAGCCACCUACUUGGGACAGGAAAUGACAGGACCCUCUCAACCUUGGACUGGGAAAGGAGGGCUUCCUGCCCCUGGCAGACCCUGGGGUCCUGAGGCUACCUUAGUUGGGAUCAAAUGCCUGUAUUGGUCUCUAGCUGUCACUGCCUCUGCUCUUUCCUCAAUUUCUGCACACAUCUCAGAGCUUCCUCUAGCAGCUCUCCAACCUGUUUUGUUGUUUUCUUUUCUUUCU